AUGACCACGGCUGAAGCCAUGUACAAGUGGAAUGAAAGUCGUAGAAUGCGACUUGUCGGCGGUUAUUGUCCACCAAUACCUGCCAAGCGGAUAAUCGCACCUCUACCGGCCCAGCAUCAUGUUGUGGUGCAGACUCCUGUUAAACUGUACAAUGCUGUAUCUGACGGGGUGCGGCGACCUGAGGUAUUGAGUAGACAUGAUCUUGACAUAGCCUAUCUGCAGGUUUGGUACGACGAUAAGUUGCCUGGUGCGUCAAUUGUGAAUACGCGGCACGAUCAGAUGAUGGUUGAAAUGAGCGAUCUCGAGUUGUCCAUAGACAAGAUCUCAUUGACUGUUGCGAAGUGCGCUAGCGUCAGGAGAGACAAGACUACGUUGAAACCUGUGUUGCGAACGAUGAUGCCGGCACGUCGAGAUCGGUCGCAAACUGAAUCAGUCUUGAGCAUCAAGCGAAACACAAACGCGCCGGUGCUCACUAAUGAGAUGGAUCCAGAGUUUAUUUGUGCCUUGUUAUUCGACAACUUUGUUGAGUCGUUCGUCAUUGAUAGGGCGCUUUUUGAAGCCUUUGGAGACAAUGAGUUGGACGUUAACCCUUGGUUGAUCCAAGAGUGGUUGACGAGGCAGCCGCCGAACGUCGCUGCAGCGUGUGAGUCAUCUGAGCCUCUCAGCAUGCUGUGGUAUGGUGUAUUUGACUUCAUGAUCAAAAGUGACGUCAAACCACCACUGGACAAGACCGCAGUGAACACCUACGCAAGUGUCCAGUGUAUAUCAUAUCAGAAGAAAGACAUAAGCGUAAUCUUUUGUCCGGUUUUCUGUUCAAUGUGUGAGAGGCUCAUGGCUGUUUUGGCACCGAAUGUCCUCAUCUUUAGUGACCUUUCGGUCACGGAGUUUGAGGAUAUGGUCAACGACAGGUUCAACGCGGCGUUGCUGGACGUUGCUGCUCAAGUUGAGAUAGACAUGUCGAAGUACGACAAGUCUCAGUCGCGGGCAGCGUUGGAAUUUCAAUGUCGUCUUUACGCUGAUCUUGGCAUGAGCGCGGAGCUCAUCGCGAUAUGGAGGGACGCUCAUUUGCGUUCCACUAUCGUUGACCGCAUGAACGGCGUUAAGUUUGAUGUUGAGUGUCAGCGCAAGUCUGGUGACGCAAAGCACUUUCUUCGGAAAACUGUGUUUCUGAUGUCUGUGCUUGCAGCGUGUUACGACUUUAGCGAUGUCAUGUUUGGUAUCUUUGCUGGUGAUGAUAGUGUCCUGUAUUUCAGACCCGGCGUCUUUGUCGAGUAUGACCCAUCUCAGCGAAUGGCGGAUCUCUUCAAUCUUGAGGCCAAGUUGCUAAAGAAGUACCACUUCCCUUACUUCUGCUCGAAGUUCCUAGUAGUCGCAGAUGGAUGGUUGCACUUCGUUCCAGAUCCAUUGAAGUUCGUAACCAAACUGGAUAGGUGCGAUAUUCGAGACGAACAACAUCUCAAAGAGUACGCGACGUCGUGUGAGGACAGUAUGGCCAGAAUGUUCAAUGACCUGAUGGCCCAGAAAUUGGCCUUCGGUGUGAGCGAGCGUUAUGGGGGGACGAUCUAUGACAUCACGAAACUUCUCAGAGUCUUGCACGCCGUCGUUGCUAGGGGGUUGAAAGACCUAUUCAAAACCUAG